UGUAGAGGCCACAAGUUUGCACCUGUCCACGCCUACUAAGCUCAUGUUCCGGGUGCUUCGGUGCUUAGGUGUGUGAUCUGCGGUACUUCCUUCAAAGCGGACAGAGAGCCUCCGCUUUCGAGAUCCCUCGUCCUGAACUCUUCAUCCUCUUUUUUCUCUCUCCCGACUUCAUCAUUCCCCAUUCUCCAUUCUGAGGGUUGCGAAUUCCCUGAUGAGAGCUGGUUCACCUUUUGUGAACUCGGACUCAAAAAACAAGUGCGGCUAGCCGCGCUGCUGCCACCGAGACCGAGCCGCUUGCUCCCUUUCGCCCCACUAACACGCUCAACCACACUGUAGGUGUACAGUAAAGGUGGUGGUGGCGGCGGUAGUGAUAGUAGCGGGGUGGGUGCCGGUCGCCGCGUUUUAUACUAGUACGGUCGAGGCAAUCAGGAGCUCGAUUGGGCGUCUCGUCUCCUUCGUUUGCUCCCGUCGCUGCCUAAACACGCGCGAAGCUUCCCCUAACGCAUCGCAGCUUCCCCUAACGCAUCGCAGCUUCCCCUAACGGCGAUGCGUUGCGCCCCCGCCGCCCCUCCCACGGGGCUGCUGCUCUUCUCCCUGCUGCUGACCGGGCCGGCUCCCACACGCGCCCUGCCACAGCCCCUUCCAGAAGCUACCGAGGGAGCCGCGAUCUCUGGUCUUGUUUCGACAACACCUGCCGCGCAAGAACCGGGGGUAGCAGUUCCCGGGCAGAGCGUGCUAAUCUCGGGCGGCGGUGGUGGUGGUGGUGAGGAGGACUUGUCGUCCCCUCGCGGCAGAGAGUCCGACAGCUUCGACCUCGAGGUCGAGCUCGAGCUCGCCGAGCUGCGGGCUCUCCGUGUCCGCCUCUCCCGGCUCGCCGACGAGGUCGACGCCAGGGCGCAGCGGCUCGGCCGGGUCGCCGGACUGGAGGCGGCGGAGGCGGCGGCGGCGGCGCCCGCUGCCGCUCCCGCCCCCGCCCUGGUAGAUUGCGACGGGCCGGCCUGCGUCGCUCGAACCGUCCUCCGCAAGGCCGGGUACGCCGUCAGCGCGGUGAGGCUCGGCGACGGCGACGGCGACGACGACGACGACAACAACGACCCCGAACCGCGUGGGCGGCCGGAGACCGUGGGCCCGGACGGGGGUGGGGGUGGGAGUGGCCGGGGCGAGGGGACGGGGACGGAACCGCCUACCCUGCUCCGUUGGCCGCUGGGCCUGCUGCUCGUGGUCAUCAUGGGUUGCGUCGCGGCCGCGGGCUGUCUUCGAAACCGUGCCGUUACAAGGCGACGGCGACGGGCCCCGCCCUCGCUGCCUUUCCACGAGCCUGAGGUUCCCUAUCAGCCACCGAGGCGGUUUCAAGGCAGCCCGCCCACCUGGUGGCGGCCGCAGCGGGUGCCGGAGAGGCAGAUCACGUCGGCGGACGAGCAGCGGCCGGUGGAGAAGGGGGGAGGGCCUUGGCACUGUUGCUUGGAUGAUUGGGAGGAAGAAGACGACCUGGGAAAGGAGAAGGGAGGGGAUGAGAAAAGGCGCUGUUUGGACGAGGGAAGUGACAGGUAUAUGGAUGAGCCCUCGGUGACUGAAGUUGCGGAGCAUAAUAGCGGCGCGGUCGUGGAGGAGGUGGACUACGAGUUGGAAGAGGAGGAGGAGGAAGAGCUACUAACUCUCGGGGAAGAGAUCGCCUUGUUUAGGUCUGCGUUGGAGUUGGUUGAGGGCAUGGUCGCUGCUCAGGAGGAAAGAUUGCGCCGGGUUUGAUCUGACCUCGACCGGCAAAAAUUGUAUCUGGAAUUCACUGCUUGGGCUGAGCCGGGCCGGACUGAGUUACGUGGGUUGAACUGGCCUACGUCGUCGCCAAGGAUGCUGCGCUGGUGCUCGCGAACGGCAGGCUUCAACCUUCGGCGAGGCAUAGAGGAUCUCGGUAUCCCCUGCCCGCUUCGAAUUC